GCAAUCCAAAGAAUCCUCAAAACGUUUGUCCAUUUGAAUUGGAUUCAGUUAGUUGUGGAGGUGAACACAGAAAAAUUGAAAUUAAGUCAGUUGAAUUGAUGCCGUAUUUCUUGCUUUGCGAACACAAUUUGAAUUACAGUUGCAUAGACUUCAUUGACAAGAAAGUAAAUACAUCCUGCAACGGAAAAAGAAAGUGCGAACCACUGAUUUGGAAUCAAUCGGUCUGUGCAAGGGAUGAAUGUUUCAGAAUACCAAAGUGUUAUAAUAUCGUAUUCACUUGUAUAAAAGCAAUUCCUACUGUACUCCCAUUGCAGGCUGAAAGUAAUAUAGAAGGUGUUGCUGUCGGUGUUACAGUUGGACUAAUUAUAAUUGUUGGAGUCGUCGUAGUGUAUAUGUGGUUUGUUAGAAGAAAAAGCAGAGAUGACAAACAUACAAUAGCUAACUGUCACGAUAAAAAUGAUGAUUAUAUUGGAAAUCAGAAUACAGCAAUGCCUGCCAAACGGAAUUCUGAAAUGUCAACAAAUUUUGAAUUAAGAAACAUUAAUCAUAAAGAAACGAAUGAAGGCAAAACAGACAACGACCUAGAAUCGAACUCCGAAACCAGAGUCAGCGGACAAAUAUUAAGACCAUAUUCUAAUUCAACUAUCUAUUCUACAGCUCUUGAACCUUCUGACGGGGGAUGUCCUGUAAAUCCUGUAAAUGCAUAUAACUACGAAAUGGCUAAACCAAUAAAUAAUUCUAAAUAUGAUAAAAAUACACCAACAUUGGAAAAAGACAACUAUGCAUUUAAUGAAGAUCAGUAUGACGUUUCAGGUCAACAUGACGGCUCUGAUUAUCCGCAGGGUAUAUAUAGUAGAGGUGUAGAUACUGUGUAUGACAGUGCUACUCAUAGUAGACAGAAUAAUAUGGCCGAUGAGACAUACGACCAUGCCUUUGGUCAAACAACAGAGGAUGAUUAUAAUAUAGCAAAACACUAAAUAUAUGCAGUGCAUGAUUAACAUUAAAUACUCAGUAUGCGAAAAAUAUCUUUCAAAUUACGAAUCUUAUCCGUCAGGAUACCAUUCACAUUAACACGUAUUUCAAUCUUUUAAAAAUGAGAAAUAACUUAUUCUAAGAUCCACUAUUCAAGACCCACCUUUUUUUUUAAAUAUAUGAAUAUUUUCAUCACUGAAGUGUGAAAAUGACAUUUGAAAAAAGUGUCACUAAAAUGGUAUACGUUAAAUAUUACAUGUAUCAUGGAUUUUGAAAUUAUCACGAAGUUAUUGAAAGACAUCAAAUACAUAUAAUCUACUAAUAACGAAUUUAAACCGUCGUAGAUGAACUCAUUAUAGAUACCAGAUUAAAUUUUGUAUUUACGCCAGACGAGUGUUUCGUCUACAAAAGAUAUUUCCAUAUGUUUUUUUUUUUAUGAAAACAUUUGAUAAAGCAUGAUAUAUCACUUUCAAACGUUAAUUGACAGAAUUUCAACAAUAUAUAUUUCUUUUUAUUAUUACCCUGCCUGCUGUAUGAAUGUACAAUCUCUUAUAUGUUCUUCAAAAUGAAAUCAUUCUCCGAAAUUUUUUAAUCACUAACCUGUCAAAACUGUGGUUGUUAGUUGAAACCCUGUUCUUAACGGUCUUAUUGGCUCUGAUCUUACUUUACUAAGACGGACAAUUUAACUCCUUUCUGCGGAAUUCGGUAUUUUUCAUUUUUGUUGUUUACAAAGAAAAACGUUAUUAGAUGAGUAUUGAAAAUGGUGUUCAAAAACAACAAUAAAUAAAUGAAUAUAUAUUUUUUAAGAAUUAGUACCAUAAAAAAGGGCUGAUUAAACCAUGCAUAAUACAAAGAUUUUUUUUCUGUAAAAGCAUUCCUCGUUUGUCAAAAGUAAAAUAAAACAAACUGCAUGACCAUACUUCGAUUUAUAAACUCCCUUACGGUUGUAAUAAUGAUUAUAAAAAGAACAUUGUUAUA